CAUGAACGUUCAGUGACAUCAGAGAAAUUGGCAGAGUUGAGGAAAAAUGACUUUUUCAUGAACUUCUGUGAAGAAUGCAAAUGAGCAAGGUGUGAGCUUCAAUGUGUUUGUCCAUGAAAACUCUUAGAGAAGAUGGCUGAUGUAAGCCUGAAGGAAGCAGCACUAAUCGUUGGUGUGGUGGCAGCCUGCUACUGGAACAGUCUCUUUUGUGGCUUUGUUUUUGAUGAUGUUUCAGCGAUUUUGGACAAUAAAGAUUUGCAUCCUUCUACUCCGUUAAAAAAUCUGUUUCAGAAUGACUUCUGGGGCACUCCAAUGUCUGAGGAGAGGAGUCAUAAAUCUUAUCGUCCCCUCACAGUUCUUACGUUUCGCUUAAACUACUUGUUCAGCGAGUUAAAUGCAGUUUCUUACCACUUCCUAAAUCUGGUAUUUCAUGUGGUGGUUUGUGUAGUCUUCCUCAAGGUCUGUAAGCUUUUUCUGGACAACAGGAGCAGCGUGGUUGCAUCCUUGCUCUUUGCAGUGCACCCAAUACAUACUGAAGCGGUAACUGGAGUUGUGGGCAGAGCAGAGCUUUUAUCAUCUAUCUUUUUUCUAGCUGCUUUUUUGUCAUAUACAAAAUCUAAAGGGCCAGAUAAUACCAUAGUGUGGACUCCAAUUGCAGUGACUGUGUUUCUAGUAGCUGUUGCAACACUGUGUAAAGAACAAGGAAUAACGGUGGUGGGGAUAUGCUGUGUGUAUGAAGUGUUUAUUGCUCAAGGGUAUACCUUGCCAGUGUUGUUGGACACAGCUGUACAGAUUCUUCGAGGGAAGGGCAGUAUUCCUUACUCUAUGCUCCAAACACUGUUGAAGCUCAUAGUCCUAAUGUUCAGUACACUGCUGCUUGUAGUUGUCAGAGUCCAGGUUAUCCAGUCUCAACUCCCAGUGUUUACAAGGUUUGAUAACCCAGCUGCUGUUAGUCCAUCCCCAGCAAGGCAGCUGACUUUCAACUACCUCCUCCCUGUAAAUGCUUGGCUGCUUCUCAACCCCUCAGAAUUAUGCUGUGACUGGACAAUGGGAACUAUUCCUCUUGUGGAGUCUUUGUUGGAUGUUAGAAAUGUUGCCACCCUUACCUUCUUUUGCUUUCUGGGAUCUUUGAUUGUCUUCAGUCUCCGAUAUCCUGGGGAUUCCUCCAAGACUGUAUUGAUGGCACUCUGCUUAAUAGUGCUACCAUUCAUUCCUGCAUCAAACCUCUUUUUUCCUGUUGGAUUUGUCGUAGCAGAACGAGUGUUGUAUGUUCCUAGCAUGGGAUUCUGCAUUUUAGUAGCACAUGGGUGGAAGAAAUUAUCAAAUAAAAGUGUGCUAAGAAAAAUUUCUUGGGUUUGUUUGGCUGUGGUACUAUUCACUCAUGCCUUAAAAACACUGCACAGAAACUGGGAUUGGGAGUCAGAGUACACAUUGUUUAUGUCAGCUUUAAAGGUAAAUAAGAACAAUGCAAAACUAUGGAACAAUGUGGGGCAUGCGUUAGAAAAUGAAAAGAAUUUUGAAAGAGCUCUGCAAUUCUUUAUACAAGCCACACAAGUGCAGCCAGAUGAUAUUGGUGCCCACAUGAAUGUAGGAAGAACUUACAAAAACCUGAACAAAACUAAAGAAGCCGAAGAAUCAUACAUGAUUGCUAAAUCAUUGAUGCCACAGAUUAUUCCAGGUAAAAAGUAUGCAGCAAGAGUUGCUCCUAACCAUCUGAAUGUUUAUAUCAAUCUUGCGAACUUAAUUAGAGCAAAUGAAUCUCGCCUUGAAGAAGCAGAUCAAUUAUAUCGACAAGCAAUUAGUAUGAGACCAGAUUUCAAGCAGGCUUACAUCAGCAGGGGAGAAUUACUUUUAAAAAUGAACAAACCUCUGAAAGCUAAGGAAGCUUAUCUUAGAGCUCUGGAACUAGACAGAACCAAUGCAGACCUGUGGUACAACUUGGCAAUUGUUUACAUUGAACUGAAAGAUCCAACAGAAGCACUGAAGAAUUUCAACCGAGCACUAGAACUCAACCCAGCGCAUAAACUAGCAUUAUUCAACUCAGCGCUGCUAAUGCAGGAAUCUGGUGAUGCUCGGCUUAGACCCGAAGCUAAACAAAGACUAUUACAUUAUGUGAAAGAAGAACCACAGGAUGCAAAUGGGUACUUCAAUUUGGGUAUGCUGGCAAUGGAUGAUAAAAAAGAUAUGGAAGCAGAGGCAUGGAUGAAGAAAGCUAUAAGCUUACAGCCAAACUUCCGAAGUGCUUUGUUCAAUUUGGCACUGCUUUAUUCGCAGACAGCAAAAGAAUUGAUGGCUUUGCCUGUCCUGGAAGACCUACUGAGAUACUACCCAGAUCAUACCAAAGGUCUGAUUUUGAAAGGAGAUAUCCUUAUGAACCAAAAGAAGGAUAUCGUUGGAGCAAAAAUGUGUUUUGAAAAAAUUUUGGAACUGGAUCCCAAAAAUGUACAAGGAAAACAUAAUCUUUGUGUGGUUUACUUUGAAGAACGAAACUUAAUAAAAGCGGAAAAAUGUUUGGUUGAAACACUAGCACUGGCACCUCAUGAAGAGUAUAUUCAGCGUCAUUUAAACAUAGUCAGAAGUAAAAUUGCAUCACUUAGUGCUACGGAACAGUCAUUGCUUCCAGCAGAUGGGACUGCAACUGCAGCUGCAGAAGAGAAAAAAAAUUCAUUUCAGAAUUUGAAAGGAGUAAAAAAUGAGCAGAAACCCACCCAAACAAUAGUUGAUAACAAUAAAGGGCACUCAAAAAAUAAGAAACAAACAGAAAAAAACAAUAUGGAGAAAGAGACUCCCAAAAAAUCUACAAAAGAAAUCAAAGACAUUGAGAAAAAGAGAGUUGCUGCUUUGAAAAGACUAGAAGAGAUUGAACGUAUAUUAAAUGGUGAAUAGCCUUUAUUAUGCCACAAUAGAAUAAGAGGAGAAUACUAUUUUUAAAUGUUUAAUAUGUGAUCCAACUGGAAAGUGGUUUCAGUACUUUGAAAAUAGAAAUAAUGUUGACUGCAUAUCACUUAGCAAGCAGCAAAAGGCAUUACAAUGGUUUAUGUGAGAAAACUGCAACUUUUAAAUAGG